UUUUCUUUAGCAAUAGGCACUGCUGUGGUAGAACCAUUAAAUAUAGUUCCAAUUCAGCAUGCAGGUUUUUUCCCUGUCACUUUUAAGAUUAAAUGCAAAUAAAAGGGGCAACACAAGAUGAUAUUAAAAAAACUAUAUAAAACCUGUGUCAAAGAGUCACCCAUUUUUGGAAAAUAUUAAUUUUUUUAACUGGUAUUUUGUGGUUACCGUGUUUCCUUUUUCCUAAAAAGCAUUAAUUGCAUUAGAAAUUGAAACUAUGGUGAAAAAGUAUAUUUCAAAAUUCCAAAAAGAUAAUAGCUAUAAUACAAUUGCAUGGCUGGUGGUCAGUAUAUACCUUUUAAAUUACUGUAUUUUCCAGCGUAUAAGACGACUUUCUAAACCAUGAAAAUCUUCUCAAAAGUUGGGGAUCGUCUUAUAUGCCCAGUCGUCUUAUACACCGGAAUAUACGGUAAUAUAGUUUUAGAGAAAGCAAGAUGAUUCCCUAAUUUAUAUAUACAAUGAUAUAGAAAAGACAUGUCUUUUUUUAGGUACCUGCAGUGUAAUAGAAAAAUAUACAGCUUUAUUUACCAUAUUAUCAGUCGAAUUGCUUUUUGAUUUUAAAAUGAUCAUGUUUAUAUUUUUAAAUUCCUGUUUUUGUUUUUGCCUUUGUUUGCUGCCUUGAGUAGAAGGGCAUGUAAAUCAAAUAGGUACAUUUUUAAUCCUCCAGAGUCCUUCAUAAAACUAGUUGUAAAGCACACAUCUUAAAUAUACUAAAAACUUUAACAUUUAACAAUAUUUAACUGAUAUUUUCACUAUAUUAUGACAGAAACAAAAGACAUGCAACAUAUUCCAUGACCAGCAACUGACAGUGGGAUUCAGCAUAUAGAUGUCUUAAGGAUUCUGACAGAGAGAUUUCUACCUCACAUAAAACUUUCAGAAUUGGAGAAAGUUUUUUUUUCCAAAAUAUUUCCAAAGACCGUAGAAUUAUUUGACCUUUUAUUAUAUGAAAUAUCCAAUGAAGUCAAAAGGUUAACAGAUAAGAAUGUACAGUUAAACAUGAUAUUAAGAAACAAUCUUCAGGCCCUGAUACAUAUGUUAGAAGUAAUAACAGGUUGUGUGCAACACAUUUGUAGUAGACAGGAGAUGGUACCCUUAGAACAUAUCUAUAGCCUUCCCUCUUCUGUUCUUCAUGUAAUCAAGAAUGCAUUUCUACACUGCAAGAGCAGUGAAUCUUUAUAUGCAGAGUGUUUCCACAUGGUUUCUGAUUUACUACAGUCUUUGUUUAAGGGGACCUAUAGUUUGCAAAAAGAGUUUAUGAUGCUAUUGGAUAUUUUGUCUGUAAAUUCCUGUGCUACUGAAGACAGCAUAAAAAUUAUGGCAUCAGUGAUUCACACUAUGCUGGAGAUCUGUUCUGCUAUUUCCAGCAUAGAUCAUGCACUUCACGCAAACACAUGGAAGUUUAUAAUCAGGCAGAUUCUCAAGCACAAAUCCUUAAUAAAGGACAGUUUGAAACAUUCUGAUAUCUUUAGUGGCCUUUGUGAGGACAUCUUGUUUUCUUUCCAAUCUUGCUUGCAACUGGCUGAACACAUGAAACUGUCUGGAACCCAGGAGAUUAUUGAUUAUAAGAUAUUCCAGAGAACGAUAAAACUGUGUAGAUUCUUUGCCAAUUCUCUAAUGCACUACAUCAAGGAGUUCACUUCAUUCCUGGUAGAUUCUUGCUAUCAGCUUCACCAGACAUAUCUUCAGAUAUACAGUAAGUUUCCACCAAGUCUUCAUGCUCUCGUGAUUUCCGAAGCUCAUCAGGAUGAAAUAGCCAGGGGAUUCCUAAUGUCACUGGAUUCUCUUCUCCUCCCGUUACUUUCCUUUAGACCUUUUGUAGAAGUUGUGUUAAGUAAAACUUCAGCUCUCUCUCCUGAGCUGCAUUUUCCACAGUGUCAGCUUCUUCUUUCUAUAAUGGACAUGUUACCAUCCCAGUCCCAGGAUGUGCAGGCUCUGUGGAACAGAGGAAGUCAGCUCCCAGAAGAGAUUCCCAGGUUGCCCUUGUUUGCAGCCCUACUGCUCAGUCUUCAGCAGUGCUCUAGUGAGCUCUCCCUUCCUCUCUUCUUGCAAAGAGCAAGAGAGACGGAGCAAACUAAGGGUCCUUUCACCUUUUACCACUAUGUUUGUAUCCACUUGUGUACCUUUAUAACAUCCCUCUCGGUGUCACAUUUCCAUUUACUGGAAUCUUCUCUGCUGGAAACCGUACUAGGUCCAAAUAUGAUCAUGGCUCUCCUAGCUAUGGAUGUCUGGUGCUUCCUUGUCCGAUAUGGAACAGAAGACCUGUGUGCACACCAUGCAUUUAUAAUAGCACAUGUAGUAAAAGCUUGUCCUGCUGAAUGUUAUCAAGUCUCUCUCUUAGGGGUGCUAUUACGACGUUUGCUCUUUCUGAUGGCCCCAGAUCACCAGUUAAGAUUCACCCAAAGGUUUCCUCCAAAAGAUUCUGAAAACCUACUACUGUGGCAGCACCUUUCUCUCCAGGCUCUGUUACCGUUGCACAGGCAGCAGGUUGCUCAUGAACUUUUUGUGGCAGGACUUGUGCAAUGUCAGGAAUGGAUGAAUAGUGAAAAGUCAUUGAAUGAACUUCCACAAGUGAACAUGGCUCUCUCAGCCUUGCUGUCUAUGUGCCAGAGUGCUAGGGAUACCCUGGAGGAAGAAGACCAAGCAGCACUGGUAGAAGCUCUUAGCCAAAUUGCAGUUCAUCUGCCAGCUACGCAGAUAUCCAGUCUAGCCUGUUUCCAGCAGACGUUUUGCUUGACACUUCAACUUGUCCAGCUGUUCAUUGAAAGAUUAGAACCACAGUUGCUACUUCAGAUACUUUCACUACAAUGUUCCCUUUUGCAAUUGAAUUCCCCUGAUCAUGUUGUGAUUGCAGUCUUAGAUUUUCUUUCUUCAGUGGGAAAACCUAUCAUUCCUCCAGAUUUCCAGGUUCAAUUUCUGUCCAGCUUGUCCUGUUUGUUUGGUUCUUUACUGGCUAACAAUAGCUGGCUAAUACAACAGCAUGCCAUAGAGUCAUUCACUCAAUUUGCAGAGGGAACAAGCCAUGAACAAAUACUUCAGAAAUGUCUGAACUCUGUUGAAAUCAAAAACAAAGUUGUUGGCUUUCUGUCCAAGAGCAAUCAUAUUGAGGAGACACCAGAAGUAAAAGCAGAUCGAAUGAAAAAAGAAAAUGCUCUUUUUAUGCACUUCUUCCUGGAGGCCAGAGCUGAUGGGCAAAGAGCUCUUAUUGGAGAGCCAUCCCCCAAGAGAACCUGUUACUCACCCACUGAGAUGCAGUACAAAUCAGCAGUUGACACCAUGGAAAGGGCAUUGGAGACCCUGAAGCAGUUGUUACAGAGAGGCCCUCCCCCUACUUGGCUUGCAAAGAAACUGGAAGCAUUACAGUUUUCCUUACAGAUGGGUCCAACACUGAAUGGAUUACUGCCUUGUCGUGGUGAAGGGGCUUGCAUAACUCAAAGAAGCUAUGAGCUAUGCCGUACAGGGCCAUCCAAGACGGACAGGUCAUAGCAGAGAGUUC